UUUCCACUAUUCAGAGAUGGUGGUGCAGGUAAAACCUAGAGAAACUAAGAGGGAGUAGGAUGAUCUUGCAGAAUCAAAAUGUAUACUGGAAUUAUUUUGAGUCUUGUAAUUUUGUUCUGGAAAAAGAGGGGAUCAAAUAUGUUACCAAACCAUCAUCUUGAUUAGUUAUGUAUGGUUGAUUCAACUUCACAAAUAAACUCCCAUUUUUAAACAUGCCGAACUGGAUGGUUAAGAAGGCGACUUCCCACUUUGUUUUCUGGUGCGUUACAUGCUAUGAUAUUUGUAUACGUAUGAAGUCUUGUGGAGAGAGACAUAAAGGAUGUCGUUUUGCCUUGAUUGGUUGUUUUGCAAGUUCAUUUGGGUGUAAUGCACAAUUUAGGGAUUUUUUUCAGUUUGAUGAAAAUUGUUUUUUGCCAAAGGAAUCAUGUUCUGUGGGUUUUGAGCUGCGUUGGCCACGCAUUGAUUUUUGUUGUUCUGUCUCUAACAUUUGUUCUGUACGUCCAGAAAAUAAUUUAUGUGACUUGGGUCAUUAGUGAAACAGUCAUUUCCAGAAAUGCCAAAUGGACAU